GCAAUUUUUUCAACUACACGGAAUGACUAGCCAGUGAGUUUCAUUUGGCUAGUUUCAUCUCUCGUACCGAGACAAUCGCGCGUGUCUUGUACGAUUCUGCUCUGUUCUGCUUGGCAAUGCCGUGAGGUAAGGUAGAUCCUUACGUCCAGUCACGCCGAUAACGUUUAUCCCCUUUUUAUAGUCCCCCUCUCCUGACAAUCUCUCCCUGUUCUCGUGCAUCACGAUCGCAAAUAAAGAAUGAUAAUACACGUCAUGAAUCAACAGUUAGACACCUAACGCAUCAACACUGGGAGGGAAUGAGAGGUAGCAGUGGGCACCAAGAAGUUCAUGGACUCGUGUUGGAUUUAUUGGAAAUUACCAUCGGAAAUAGGUCCUGGAGAAAAGGAAAAUAAAUGAUUAAAAUAAAAUUAAUGCCGUUUGUUGCACAAAUCGUGAGAGAGUUUAAAAAAUCGAAAUGUCUUAUCGGAAUAUUAUGCAUUAAUGAGCCAUUAAAAUUUCUUUUUCAUCCUCAUUUAUUAUUACCCUCUCGGUGUCAAAAUCACUGCUGAAAUUCGCGCAAUAGCCAUCACCCGAGAGAAUCAGCUGAUGUAAAGCCUCGGAAUCGCCAUAAUUUUUGGUUUAGUCAGGCCUCGGUGGUCACUAUUCAACAAAAAUACCUCCGCAAUACGGUUACCUGGGUGAAAGAAGAAGUUCCCCUCUCCCUGUUCUGCCCUUUCUAUCCUGUCCCCCGUUCUCCUCCCCCGCGUGCUCCGUUCUCUCACGUCGAGAGUUCUCGAGACUUGACCAGUACAAACGUGCCCGCCAUCGCGAGCGCGCACAAUAAUUUAGCGGUUUAAAAGAAAAAAAAAUCAAGAAAACAUCCUUCCUUUGUUAUCUCUCAUUACAAUACUUAUCAUCGUUCAAAUGUGCAUUAAAACGUUGACAUCACUAGUGAUAAAUGCCCGUUAUUGUGAGAGAAUCGUGAUUAUCCCGAGACAGUGAAAUUCCUCAGAGAGACGUCGAAAGAUGGAGACUGAAGUCCGCACUCUGAAGCAGGAGCUCACCCGCACCCGCGACGCCUUAAAAUCCGCAACAAAGCGUUGUCGUGAAUUGGUACGGGAGUUAGAUUCUCUAACGGUGUGUCACGAGUCUGAGCGUAACUUACGGGAUCAACAGCUCUCUAAAAUUCUCCGGGCCCUCCUUGUUCUCGAAUCACGACUACGACAGGAGCAAAAAUCAAUCAGACAGCAGUUAUGUGAGAAGGACAAUGUCAUCAAGAAUCAGCAGUUGGAGAUUGCCAAGUUGAGGCGAUACACAAAGAAUUACAUAAAGAGUAAAAGGGAACAGGGAUUGUGCAAGAGCCCCUCGACACCGGAGACUAUGGAAACUCCUGGAGAUCAGGAGGCCGAUAUUACCCGAUUUGACAAUGGUCUUGGGAAUGAUAUUCAGAGGUUGAAGAGAGAAAUUAUUACGAAAUUCAGUGGUGCUGAUGAUGAGAUGAGAAGUUGUGUCAGGAAGACUGACAGUUUUGCGGGAAGUGAUGUAUCCAAGGAGAGUCUAACGAGCAGUGAAAAUACUGACGGAUCCAUUGUGACAACAACUACGGAUGGAAGUCCAUCGUUAAUAAGCACCGAGGGCUUUUGCGAGGGUGAGAGCAGUGAUGUAUCGCCUGGCUCAACUCUCAACAAAUCCACAAGACAAAUGCGAAAUAACUCAGACAGUGAUAGCGAGGGUAGAACAGUCUUGGAAAAUCUGGGGGAUGAUGAUUCCAUUGGGAGGAGGAGGCUUGGAGUCCUGAGGAAGGAGCCUCUGGUCAUUUUUGAUAACCAAGUCACCAAGAUGACGAGGAGUGACAGCAAGGAUGAUGGCAUGGACUGUAAUUUUGUAUCUGGUGACGAGGAAGAGGGCGAACCUAUCUAUGUGAAUUCUUUCAACGAUAACAACCAGAGGAAUUUCCGGGAAAAUGAAACACGAUUCCUUGAUGACAGCCAUAAUAACAAUAAUAACAGCAAUAAUAAUAACAAUAAUAAUAGUAGUGGAUUAUCAAAAAUAGACUCAGGAGACAAGCUCCCAGAGGAGACCAGCGGCAAUUGGUACAGCGAUCCUGACGAGGAUCGAAUCCAAGACGAUAUAAUCCGCCACAACACCUACCGUCCCAACAGCAAUCAUAAUUCUGUCCUGGAGUGCGUCAACCAGAUCCUCCUCCGGGAUAUGGAGGACGAGGAGACAAUUCUCUCAGUCUCACGGAAGUUCAAACACCGUGGAAGAAUCGUGAGUUUUCAAGCGGCCCGUUUAUCGGACAUUGAAUCCGUUGGUUCGGAAAUGGAGCGGAGAAAUUCCGAGGAGGUGACACCCGAGAAAGACCUCGAGGCUUGCUCCGAGGAUGAAUACGGUAUGAAGAUUCCCCACUCGAAUCACCUGAUUCCACAUGGUAAUCAUUGUGCAAGUGAAUCGAGUCCAGAGGAUGAGCUGGACGAUAACUCAUCAACUCGAGCAAUUCCGAUUGUCAUAAUCGAACCGAAUCUGUCGACACCUCCGUCAAAAAAUCCCUCCAUCUCCCCAGACCUCUCCUUGAAAUCCCGAUCCUCUCCCUCGCCUAUCCUUCGACUGGAGAGGAUCGAGGAGAAGACCUGUCUCUCGAUGUCGUCGAAGGGCCUCACAAUAGCCAAGAAUCUGGACUACGAAGACAUUGAAUCGCUCCCAGAGGUCAUCUCCCCUCCCUCCAAGACUCCUCCAGCCCUUCCACCGAAGCCUCAGUUCAAGAACAACACACUGAUCCUGAAGAAGAUCCCCAGUCCUUCGUUUCUGAUCGACGAGACUCGUAAGAAAAAUCCCCAGAGCAGUGAGACCCCAGCGUACGUCAAGAGAAUGUUUGGAAUUACUGGGACACCAUCAAAGCCACCAAUACCUACUGCGAGGAGUCUGAACUUUAAGGACACCCCUCGAAAGUCGAACGUUGACAAUGGAAAUCUGAAGGCAGUUGGAAAGGUAGUGAAUGAGGAGGGUGAGCCUGCCAGGGUGACGAACAUCGUGAAGCAUUUCGAGGAGUUUAAAAUCGGUGAGAGCGACAAGACCAAGGAGACCUCAAAGGGAAAAUCUGUGGAGAUUGAGGAAAUGGACAUCAGGCAAAAUUUCGAGGAGUUUAAUCUCGAUGAAUGCGACUUGUCAGACGAUCCUGACAGGCCUGAGGGCGAUGGCUCCGAGAGACUGACCAAUGGAGUAUUCAGUCGACAGGAGAGUGUCAAGGAUAAUAACAAUGGUGACAGUGGUAAUUCUAAUGGAAUUUACGAUCACUUCCUGGAGGCGACGGGACUUAGCACUAAGUCCAUUCUAACGCCCUCGAGGUUACUCAGUAAUCACAAGAGUAUGCUGAAGCCGAAGGAUGUCAAGUACAAGAGCAAGAUCAAGGCGACUGGGGGAAUGGAGAAGAGUGGAAGUCAGACGCAGGUCAGGCACUGGACGGGACCUUUUGUAUGAUGACUCGUGGCCUCGGUCUUUGGAAGUCCACCGACCAGUCCCAAAAGGGUUAGGAAGACGAGGGUGAGAGCCUGGGAGGAUUGACUCCAAGUGCUGGAAUGAGAGGAGUCUGCGGGACAAUUCCUUACCGUGGAGAAAGACUCACUGGAAAAAUUUUGAAAAAAAAAAUCUGGGGAAGGUUGUAUCCCUGAGCAGGGGUUUGACAAUUCCUUGUUAUCAUUAUUCAACAAUUAAACACAAAGUAAGCUUGUCUGGGAGACAAAAUAAUAAAAAAAUCCCUAAAUGAUAACUUACCAACUUUUCUGCAAAACAAUCCCAUCGACGUGUUUAUGUCAAAAUAUGCUGAUAACUUUCUCGAACUGCAAGACGUCCAGAAGACUGAAGACUGAGUGAAAUUAACUCAUCUCGUUCCACUACAUAAUUAAAACCAUUUUUUAUUCUUUCUCCCGGAAGCAUUAGCGGUUAUUUCGCAACUCUCAGUGUUUGAACUACCGCAUAGUAUUAUAAAAUAAUGAACAAUGUAAAAAGAUCUUUAUGAAAGUAUUGUAAUUAAAUAAACUCGGUUUUUCUAUAGUAAAUUUCACACUGUAAUUGUUAAAUGGGAAUAACUAUGAAAUAACGAAUAAGAGAGAUUUGAAAAAAGAAAUUUAUUCUCGUGACGUUUCUCAGUUUUGUGUGAAUCAGUGACCUGUGCAAUAAUUAUAACUUGUUAUUUUAAUUGUUAAGCAACUAGUACGUAUAAUACAGUCACAUAUUAAACACUUAAUAACUACUAUAAAAAAAAAUACAACCGAAC